AUGGGACAGGUCAAGCUGCUUACCGAAUCAGAAACUACCAACACCGAUGCUGAGAUCUAUAAGCUGGAGGAUAACUCUAUACUGAGUUACGGCACCAAGCAAGGUUCCCCUGCGAAGCCCGAUGCAAAGCGCCUGACGUGGGAGGAAGUGAAGGACAUCAUCUUGUUGAAGAAACUAUUUGAGAAAUACGAAGAACGGCCAACACCGCUGGCGGUUUAUAACUGGCGUAUCUACGGUACUGCUCUCAUAGCGUCGGCAGCGGCUAUUAUCAUCGGCUACGAUGGUGGCUUUAUUGGUGGAACUGUUGCUUUAGACUCUUUUAGACUGGAGUUCGGUCUCGACACCAUGACGACCGCCCACGCUGAUAAGAUAGUAUCUGAUGUUAUUUCAGUUUUCCACGCUGGCUGCUUCUUUGGUGCGCUUAUUUCCUACCCUUUUUCCUACUAUUGGGGAAGGCGUAUUUCGCUUAUCAUCGCGGCUGUCACGAUCACCGUUGGUUCCGCUAUCAUGCUAGCUGCCUCUUCAAAAAAUGGCUUAGCUCCGAUAUACGUGGGAAGAGUGCUUGCAGGUCUUGCUGUUGGGUUCUCAACGAACUUGACCCCCGUAUAUCUUUCCGAAAUCAGUCCUCCGGCCAUCAGAGGCAGAAUCAUUGCCUUGUAUGAGAUUGGUUGGCGUGUUGGAGACUUGGUAGGUUUCUGGAUCAACUAUGGUAUUGAUUCCCAUAUAGCACCCAGCAAAAAACAAUGGUUCAUUCCUUUUGCUGUACAGCUUAUUCCUAGCGGUAUGUUUCUUGCGGGAAGCAUCAUCAUGAAGGAGAGUCCUAGAUGGCUCUUCUCCGUGAACAGGCACGACGAAGCUACGAAUAACCUUACAUGGUUCAGAAAUCUCAAGGAGAACGACGAGUAUAUCAUUUAUGAAGUGAACCAAGUGAAAGAGUCCAUUGAGUACCAACGCAAUAACGUGGGUCUUGGACUCACUGACCCUUUCAAGCAAGUUUUCCUCAACAAAGAUCGGAAAAUUCUUUACCGUCUUUCCCUCACAUGUGGCUUGUUUAUAUUCCAGAACUUCUUAGGUAUCCAGUCCAUCAACUAUUAUUCGCCCAGAAUCUUCGCAAGUUUGGGCGUGGAAGGAACUAACGCUACGCUUUUCUCAACGGGUAUGUUUGGAGUGGUGAAAUUCGUUUGCACGUUCAUUUAUAUCCUUUUCAUCGUGGACUCUUUCGGAAGAAGAAAAGCAUUCAUGUGCUCCUCGGUGGUUUGUUCCAUCUGCUUCUGGUAUAUUGGUGCUUACCUUAAAGUGAAUGACCCGACACAACCUGGCGUGGAUGCUGGCCCUGGUGGCACAGCAGCUAUAGUGAUGAUGUACGUCUGGAUUGCUUCUUUCAUUCUCGCUUGGUCGGGUGGUCCAUUUGUCAUUGGCAGUGAGGUAUUUGACCAAAACAUUCGUUCGUUUGUUCAAGCAAUUAACGCUGCCGUAACCAUGGACUAUGGUAUCUACUUCUUUUUUGCAGCUUUGGCAGUCUUGGCUGUUCCUUUUGUGUUUUUCUGUAUUCCAGAAACAAAAGGCAUUGCUUUGGAAGACAUGGAUAGAUUGUUCAACAAGGACAUCCCUCCACGUCUUGCUCACUCAAUUGUCCUUAACCAGGCAAGGAAAGGUGCGGCCGAAGUGAUGAAAGAGCAUCAUGGCUUGUUUAAAACUGACACGGCAAAGCGAAUGGAGAAUCAGCAUGUUGAAGACCUCUUGGCCUUCAACGGUAAACAAGUAUAA